AUGUGAACAGACGGGUUCUCUCCUGCUAAACCUGGAGAACAACGGGAUAAAUGAGACGUUCUGACUCUCACAGUAUGACGGGCAGUAAGUAAGUGUAUUGGGAGGAUGGAGACUCUAAUUCCCACCAUCAACCGGCUGCAGGAGGUCUUCCUCACUGUGGGUGCAGAGGUCAUACAGCUGCCGCAGAUAGUCGUCGUUGGAUCUCAGAGCAGUGGAAAGAGCUCUGUGUUGGAGAGCCUGGUUGGACGGGACUUCUUGCCUCGAGGAUCAGGAAUAGUAACAAGACGACCCCUCGUGUUGCAACUUGUUAAUGUUGCCCCACUGCAGGAGAGAGUGAAAACCGAAAAUGGGGUCAAAGCAGAAGAAUGGGGUACAUUCCUGCACUGCAAGAACCAGAUCUUCACAGAUUUUCAGGAAAUUCGUCGUGAAAUUGAAGCAGAGACUGAACGCAGUUCAGGUGACAACAAGGGUAUCAGUCCUGAGCCCAUAUAUUUGAAGAUUUUCUCCCCCAAAGUCCUUAAUCUCAGCCUGGUUGAUUUACCUGGAAUCACUAAGGUUCCUGUUGGGGACCAGCCAGAGGACAUUGAGGCACAAGUACAAGAGAUGAUCCUGUCCUUCAUCUCCAAUCCAAACUGCCUCAUCCUCACAGUGUCUCCUGCCAACUCUGACUUGGCCACCUCAGAUGCUCUGAAAUUGGCUCGUGAGGUUGAUACAGAUGGUCGUCGAACACUGCUGGUGGUCAGUAAGCUGGACCUGAUGGAUGCAGGGACUGAUGCUCUGGAGGUCCUUUUGGGUCGAGUCAUUCCAGUCAGACUCGGGAUUAUCGGUGUUGUUAACAGGAGCCAGCAUGACAUCAAUACCCAGAAGAACCUCGAGGACUCAACGAGGGAUGAGCAGGCUUUCCUGCAGCGGCACUACCCCUCGCUAGCCUCGCGCUCCGGCUCACGCUAUCUGGCCAAAACCCUCAGCAGGCUGCUCAUGCAUCACAUCCGGGAUUGCCUGCCGGAGCUCAAGACCCGUGUGACCGUGCUGAGUGCCCAGUACCAGGCACGGCUCAAUGGCUAUGGCCAGCCAGUAGAAGACCACAGCUCCACCCUGCUGCAGAUUGUCACCAAGUUUGCCAGCGAUUACUGCAACACCAUCGAGGGAACUGCCAGAUACAUCCAGACCUCAGAGCUCUGUGGGGGUGCUCGGAUCUGUUACAUAUUCCAUGAGACCUUUGGGCGCACUUUGCAGUCCAUUGACCCCCUGGGAGGAUUGACUGAGCUUGAUAUCCUCACUGCUAUCCGAAAUGCUACGGGUCCGCGGCCAGCACUUUUUGUGCCCGAGGUGUCCUUUGAGUUGUUAGUGAAGCGGCAAAUUAAGCGGCUGGAGGAGCCCAGUAUGCGCUGUGUCGAGCUGGUUCAUGAAGAGCUGCAGAGGAUCAUCCAGCACUGCUCCUCCUAUAGCACACAGGAGCUUCUGCGAUUCCCCAAACUGCACGAUUCCAUUGUGGAAGUGGUGACUGGAUUACUAAGGAAGCGCUUGCCCAUUACUAAUGAAAUGGUGCACAAUUUAGUAUCAAUAGAGCUCGCCUACAUCAACACAAAACAUCCAGACUUCACGGAUGCAGCGCAGGUCUGUGCAUCUGUCAACAGUCAGCAGGCGGAGGCCCUUGAUGGAGGAAAGCGCUGGAAAAACGAGAAGGUUGCGGAAGAGAGAGUCCCAGCUGCAGGCUUUGGCAGUCCCAGCAAAGGCCAUGCCAUUAACCUGCUUGACACAGCGGUGCCAGUAUCACGCAAGCUGAGUUCAAAGGAGCAGAGGGACUGCGAGAUUAUCCAGCGCCUCAUCAAGUGCUACUUCCUUAUUGUCCGCAAAAGCAUCCAGGACAGUGUGCCCAAGACAGUGAUGCACUUCCUGGUAAACUUUGUGAAAGAGCAUCUGCAGAGUGAGCUGGUGGGUCAGCUUUACAAGCAGUCACUGCUGCAGGAGCUGCUCAUUGAGUCACAGGACACGGCACAGCAGCGGACCGAGGUUGCUCAAAUGCUUGAGGCUCUCCAAAAAGCCAAUAACAUCAUCUGUGAGAUCCGUGAGACACAUCUGUGGUAGCCCGAGGAAAAGAACAAUUCCCUUGUCAUAGGACAGCUUUGAGAGUAUGAGAGUGUAUUUGAGUUUACACAGAGGGGGAGAGAGAGAGAGAGAGAGAGAGUGUGUGUGUGUUUGUCUAUGUGUGGCAGCACCCACAUUUUCUCAUGGGCCAAUGACCAUAGCACAUUUAGAUCUCCUUUUUCCGUCAGCUGUCGCCCUGACCAUUACACAAGGGCUGUUGCUUUUCACUAUGGACGUUGUGUAGCGAAGCAAAUAGAUUAAAAACUCAGGCCGAAAGUGUUACUGCAAAGUUGAAAUGUUUAACACACGAACACAAACUAAAUCUUUUUGCAUAAUUUGUGACUAAAUGUUUUGUUGGGUCGUAAGAUUGUUGCUGUAAAUGUAAAAUUAAGAUUUUAAGUGUGGUUGUUAAGUUGUUCCCUAGGGUGUUUUUUUGGGGGUCAAAAUGUGUUUGCACUGUACCAUUAUAACAAAACUGUCCUUCCUCUGAGCCCCUUUAGCUGGUGCUAAAACUAUGCUAGAUUAGAUUUUUUUUCUAACUUUAAUUUCCUUUUGUUAGUGCACUCAGAGAUGGAAAACAAGUGGUAAUCCAACUAAAUUAAUGCUAAUUACAAGGCAACACUGAAGACAGACCGCAGCCAUUUGCAGAAAUUACUGGAUGAAUGCAGAUUGUUUUUCCAGCUCUGUAGUGCUAAUCAAUAUCAGGUUUAUUUUCCAGAGCCAGAUUUUCAUAUCAGCCCAUUUAUACUGUUGCACUGACUUUUGAAUGCAGUCAUAAACAAGGAGACCAAAUAUUAGCAACAUACAUUUUCCUCUGAAUAUAUAAGAAUAGUCAGGAGAUUAUGCUAUACUCCAUCAUAUGAUUUAAGAUCCAGAUGGUGGGGCGGUAAUGUUCUUUAGCUUCUCUUUAUUUCCUCAAACCAUUUGUUCACUGGGUUCCGCUGUUAAAGAUACAGAGAGAUAAGAUAGUUCCCUAUUAUUGUCCCUGUCCAAUAGUAAGGACAUUACUAAGUAAAAGAGACUCAGUGUGCAUGCAGAGCCAUUUGCUUCUGUGCCAAUUAUAAUUGAAUUGUGUAAUAUUGUUAGAUGUGUAAAAUUAUUCAUCUUUUUCCAAUUUCUUCCCAGUUUGAGUUUAGGUUGUUGUUCAGGCAGAUUCCUCCACCAAGUGCUAUAGCCAUUAAUGUAAAUCUCCUUUCAUAGCCAAAACAAAUAGUUAUCCUAAAAUUAGGGCUUUUUCAGGAAGACCUGCGUUAACAGGGACCAUCAAACAGAAACUCUUCUGACUUUUUCUUCUGUGUGACCAUGGAGCGGACACCUUAUAGGUCUGUCUUUCUGAAAGCCCUGUGUAACUUUGCAUGUGUGUGUGUGUGUUUAGUAUGCAUGUGUGGACGUAUGAAUGGCUGAUUUAUGUAUAUUUUUCUAUUAUUUAAAUGUAUUUUAUUAUCAUGUGUUAUGUAUUAUCUGCCUAUGAGUUCUUGCCUGCCAAUAUUUGUGAUACAUGUUUACUGAAUGAAGUCUGCUGAGAUGGGAGGGCCUCAUUAAACCCUAAAA